GUAUUCCUUAAUUGAUAUCUUCGAUAAAUUUGGCUUCAGCUCUCGGCAAUUAGAUGAAAACAAACGCACGUUUUAUUGUUGUUCAAGUGUAUCUGUUUAAAAAUAAUGAUUUAGCAUGACGCAAACUACAGAUAAAAAGUUCACGGAGCUUGGUCUAAAACCAUGGAUCACCAAGCAGAUGGAAAAACUUGGACUUCGCCGUCCGACGCCAAUCCAGGUGGCAUGUAUCCCAGAAAUUUUGGAUGGGCACGAUUGCAUUGGGGCGGCUAAAACUGGUUCUGGUAAAACAUUUGCCUUUGCGCUGCCAAUUUUGCAGAAACUCAGUGAAGAACCGACGACCAAUUUUGCUCUCAUUUUAACGCCGACUCAUGAAUUGGCUCACCAGAUAGCGGAGCAGUUUUCGGUGGCAGGCCAACCAAUGGGCGUCAAGGUUUGUGUGAUUACCGGUGGCACAGAUCAGCUGCUCGAAGCGCAGCGGCUACAAAAUCGACCGCAUAUCGUGGUAGCAAUGCCGGGGAGGUUAGCUGCUCAUUUGUCUGGAUGCAAUACUUACUCGUUUCGGGCGCUACAGUUUUUGGUUGUGGACGAAGCCGACCGGGUACUGAGCGGAAACUUCGAUGAGGAUUUAGAGGUUAUAAGCAGAUUUUUGCCGAAAAAGCGACAGAAUCUGUUUUUCUCUGCAACUCUGAAAGAGCUGAGACGAGAAAACAGCGUGUUCCCGAUUGAGAAGAAUGCAUUCGAGUGGUCUGAAGGAAGCAGUGUGGCUACAGUCGAAACUUUGGAUCAACGAUAUAUUCUCUGUGCGGACUAUGAUCGAGAUAUGGUGUUGAUCGAAACUUUACGGAAGUUUAAAGAGGAACAUGAAACAGCUAGCGUUAUCAUCUUCACGAACUCCAAAAAGGACUGCCAGGUUCUGUCGAUGACGUUGAAUUCUAUUGGAUUUGGUAAUGUGUGCUUACAUGGCUUUUUAAGACAGAAAGAACGAGUAGCUGCACUCAGCAAAUUCAAAUCAAAACACGUUCGAAUCUUAAUAGCAACAGACGUUGCAAGUCGUGGAUUGGAUAUUCCAAACGUCCAGUUGGUUCUAAAUCACCGACUACCAAAGGUUCCUAAUGAGUACAUUCAUCGAGUAGGUCGCACCGCUCGUGCCGGCCGGAAUGGUUUAGCCAUUUCGAUUUUUCGAUUUCCCCGUGAUUUGGAGUUUCUCGGGGAAAUUGAGGCUCUAAUUAAUACCAAACUCACGGAGCACCCUGUUGAUCAGCGUCUGGUAGAGCGCAUUUUCAUGCAAGUUAGCGUAGCUCGCCGGGAAGCAGAGAUGAACUUGGAUAAUAAAGAUUUCGACGAACGGCAGCAUAAUUACAGGCGGAAGAAGUGGAUCGAACAGGGACUAGAUCCGGACGAGAUGGAAGUGAAGUGGAAGCAAGAGAAAGAAGCGCGAGCUGCAGAAAGGAAAAAUCGCUUGAAGAAUGAAAACGACGAACGGAAGCGAAGAGCACAGCAGGAUCUAGCGAUGAAGGAUGAGCGAUUUUUGAAAGCGGUUGAAAAUAAGAAAUUUAAAAAACGAAAAUUCGUCGAGGCAGAACAAUUAGAAAAACUCGUUGAAAAGAAAAAGACGCAAAAUAAUAAUUGUAAAGCUAGCAAACUGCCUAAAAACGGAAAGCUUAAAAAGAAAAGUAAGAAAAAAAUUGUUACUAAAUAA